CAUUUUGAAAAGUUGCACAUUGCGGUUCUUCGUGCUCUCGCGUUUCGACUGCCGCUGCUGUUUCUUUCGCCUUCUUUGGAGUCCGUCCCCCUGCUCCAUGUUGGUUGUACGUGUGUGUCUGUGGCUGUGUGUGUGCAUUAUUUCGCGUAAUGACGCGUCGUCGGAGUCCGUUAUAUUUCGCUUUUCGUACUGUGCCAUAAAAUUGUGCGCUGCCGACUAGCGAUCAACACUGGAGAAGAGUGCGACACCAUGCCCCUCGCUGGGCCAAAGGACAAUGGUUCAAGUGCAAAGAAGAUGCCGCCCAGCACUACGAGCAUGCAACAAGGACGGAGCGACAUGCAAGGACAUUACGAGCGAGCGAAAUGCCGUGAUUAUAAAGAGGAAGGACAGGAAUGGAAUCGAGUGCAAAGAUGUAGGAUGAAACUUGGAUACAAAGAAGAAGGAAUAGGAAUAAAUAAUCCCCAAAACCAAGAACAACAUAUGGAGAUAGUCACAAAGGAGGAACAAAAGAGGAACUUCUGCCGCUCCAGAAAGGAAUUUCACAACUUUAUCAAAUACUAAAUGGAUUAAACACGUUCUUCCACCCCAAAGGGGGUUGUGUUGUCUCCUCUUCUUCCUCCGAUUUCAGAUGGAUAAAUGGAUAAAAAAGUUUAUAAAACAAUAAAACAGAGAAACAAAAUGGUGCAUACUUAUAUAUGGACCAUUAACAGAAA